GCAAAGAUGAAAUUACUAGCUCGAAAAGGGAUAGGGGUUGAAAAACGACAAGCGGAUGUCAUCACUGAACAGCAGGAAGAUGUACUUUGGGAAACAGGUAUACUCGGAGAAGAUACACCACAGAAGCUCUUGGACACCCUCGUCUAUUUAAUCGGGUUGAACUUUGCUCUUAGGGCAGGAGAUGAACACAGAUACCUACGCAGUGGUUCAAAUUCACAGUUACAGUUGUUGAUGUCAAGCAAUGGCGUCAAACAAUUGAAAUAUACUGAGGACAUUUCCAAAACGAACAGAGGGGGGCUGAAGCACAGGAAGGUUGAAAGGAAACACGUGACCAUCUCUAGUAAUGAGGAAAACCCUGGAAGAUGCCUCGUCAGACUGUACGAAAAGUAUAUGUCAUUAAGACCAGUACAUGGAAAGUGUGACGCCUUCUAUUUGCGCCCGUUACGAUACACUGCAGGCAAGGUUUGGUUUGCUGAUGCGGCCGUUGGGAUUCAUCCACUCCGGUCAACUGUCAGCCGUCUCUGUAAGGCCGCUGGGUUCAGCGGAUUUUACACAAAUCACUCCCUCAGAGCUACAACAGCAACUCGGCUUUACGACAGCGGAGUAGACGAACAGCUAAUUGCCGAGAAGACGGGACAUAAAUCGAUUGCAAUUCGAAGUUACAAGAGGACGUCCAAGGAAAUGGCGGAUACAGUAGACUCAAUCGUGCAGAGAAAAUCAAGACGUCCCAGUGCUUCUGUAACUGGUCUCCCUGUUAUUGACGCCGCAAUCUUUGAUCCGCCAGGCAAUCAACCAUCGACAAGACCGACGCUUGGCCCAUCAAAAGGCGAACAGGCUCCCUACACAAGUGACCGACGCGAUUUCACAAUGAAACUUGGUGACGGCACAACAUUUUCUGUGAAAUUUUGAAUUUAUGUUCAGCAUAAAUAUUUCUGAAAUCAUUUGUUUUGUUGUCUUUGUCUUAUAAUAUAUGUAGACUGUCAGUUUGUCUCUCCCGAAACAAACCUACCACCUGCAUGACUGAAAACGCAGAGC